AUGAUAGAGAAAGUGAAGGCUGAGAUCUACAAGAGAGAAAGUAGACCAUCACAUGAAAUGAGUCCUUUUUAUGAGGUUGUGUACGAUAUCUUGAUUGCUCGCUGGACAAAGAGUAGCACUUCUCUACAUUGUCUAGCUCACUCUUUAAAUCCAAGGUUUUAUAGUGAAGAUUGGCUAAGUGAAGAUUUUACAAGAAUUGGUCCUCAUAGAGAUGGAGAAAUCUCAUGUGAAAGGAUAAAGUGUUUCCGAAGAUUGUUUCCAAAUGAUGAUGAGCAUACAAAAGUUCUGAAUGAUUAUGCAGACUUUUCAAUGAAGAUGGGUUCUUUUGAUGAUUUAAAAUGCAUUGAGUCGAUGUCUAUUAUGGAACCCAAGAAUUGGUGGGUUAACUUUGGUGCACAAACUCCUUUGCUCCAAGGUUUGGCUUUUAAGUUGCUUGGACAACCUUCUUCUUCUUCUUGUGCUGAACGCAACUGGAGUACUUAUGCAUUUAUCCACUCACUUAAAAGAAACAGGUUGUUACCAAGUCGUGCUGUAGAUUUGGUUUUCAUCCACAACAACCUUCGUCUUUUAUCAAGGAAUGAUAAUGAAUAUGAAACUCAGAAGACGAAGAUGUGGGAUGUGGGAGGAGAUGUGAUAAAUCCCUUGUAG